ACCGGUCAUCUUCUACACUCUCUCUCUCUCGUCUCCCAGUCUCCACGCUUGUGUCUCGGUCUUCCAUGGCGACUUGGCUCCACCGCUCCAGUGACCAAUUAAUAGAGGAGAGAUCCUGAGGUGCUACCCAUAUCACUCUCUUUCUAAACUACUGCACUUGAAGAGGUGAAAGAACCCUAAUUUCCUACAAAAUGGCACAGCAGCAUUCACCAAUCCCAACUUUUGGCAACUGGGAAAGUGAAGGAGAUGUCCCCUACACUGUCUAUUUUGAAAAUACUAGAAAAACUAAAAAAGGUUCCAAGAUGAAUCCUAAAAAUCUGCAAGAAGAUUCUGAAGCAGAACCUAAAGGUCAUAAGAGACGGGAUGCUCCAAGGCCAAACCAUGGGCACCACACUGGCAAGGAUGAUGCCGUGUUAAAUAGAUCAACUGGCUCACCUCGUCAUCAACAUGGCGUAAAAUUGCAAAAUGAGAAAUUAGAAUCUGAACAAAAGAGACAAGAGGCAUUGCAAACAAGGCAUGUGCGGCAGCUGAAUCAAGAUGAAGGAUACUUGAGAAAUACUGAUUCUUCCCUUCGUAAUGCAAAUGCUGCAAGAAAAACUCCUUUUGAGUCGCCUCAACAUCUUUAUGGGGGCUUAAGUGCCGGUGAUACCACAAAGAAAGCCUCCCGUCAGAGUAUGGAGUCUGACCACAGCAAUGAACAUUCACCACUGCACCCUCAUUUCAAUGUAAGGACUGGAGUGAAAGGAGGUGGAGUUUCCUCUCCUUCGUGGGAAAGAAAGGGUUCAUCUGAAGGUGGCCAUGGUGUAGCUCCCUUCACCCCUGGAAGAUCCCGGUUGAGAUCAAUUACAAAAGGUGAUGACACGCCUGAUCAUGGUCUUGCUGUUCCCAAAUUUGGUGAUUGGGAUGAAACUGAUCCUGCAUCAGCGGAAGAGUAUACUCAAGUAUUUGAGAAGGUACGGGAGGAAAAGCAGAGUGGGGCAGAAAAGGUACCUAGUAUGCCAACUGAACCAUCUUAUUCAAACAGUGAGAAGCGAUAUGGAAAUGGAAAUAGUAAGGGGUGUUCAUGCUUUUCGUGGAUUAGAAGCUAAGGUGAUAAAGCUCCUAAUGGAAGAAUAGACGUAAUGUGAUCCAUGUAUACUGCAUAUCAGUAUAUCGCUUGGAAGUUUGGGUUUUGUGUAUGGCUAGCUUUCAAGUGCAAGCAUUCUUUCCUUUGUCCACCAUACCCAUUAUGGCUUCAUCUUUUGAACUAGGUACUAGAAUCUGGUAAUGUUGUGUAUUGUGAGAGGUAUUUUAUAUGUGAAUUCAUUUACUUCACCUCAAUAAAUUUUAUUCUUUGUAUCAUUAGAGUGUAAAAUUUGGAAAUAGAAUAAUAUGUAACUGUACAAAUGUUGUUGGUAUAUUUAUGUUUUUUUUUUCUUGGUCUA